UAGCAAUAAUUUUGAAUGAUCUUGAAAGUGAACUUUUUGUAAAAUAUAAAAGAUCUAAAGAAAUUAACCAACUUAUCAAUAUAGAAUUUACUAAUACUAAUAACUACAAAUCUGAAACAAGUAAUCUUAACUUUACUGUACCUAACUAA